GGAGGCGGCCCGUCAUAUCAGAGUGGUGCAGCAGCGGCCAUGGCAACACACGACACCAACAUGAGGCUGAAGUUCCCCAUCCUGGCCAUCGCCUUGGAGAUUCUCAUCAUCAUCCUGUAUGCCCUGUUUGUGGUCUACGACGAUGGCAGCCCGGAACAUGGUCACAGCUCAUCCAGUAACCACACGGAGCAGAACAAUGUCAGCCUUUACCCGAUGUUCCAGGAUGUGCACGUCAUGAUCUUCAUCGGCUUCGGCUUCCUCAUGACCUUCCUGAAGAGAUACAGCUUCAGUAGCGUGGGCUUCAACCUUCUGCUGGCCGGCUUCGGGCUGCAGUGGGGUCUGCUCAUGCAGGGCAUCUGGCACGGUGUUCCCAUCAAAGUGAACAUCUCCAGGAUGAUAAAUGCAGACUUCAGCACAGCGACAGUACUCAUCUCCUUCGGCGCUGUUCUGGGUAAAACCAGCCCAGUCCAGCUACUGAUCAUGACAAUUCUGGAAAUCACCACAUUCGCCAUCAACGAGUACGUCGUCGUGGAUAUAUUUGAGGCCAGGGAUGUCGGCGCUUCCAUGACCAUCCAUGCAUUUGGAGCGUACUUCGGCUUGUCUGCAGCUCGCAUGCUGUACCGACCCGGCCUUAGGAAUGGCCAUGAGAAAGAAGGCUCCGUUUACCACUCGGACGUGUUCGCCAUGAUCGGCACCGUGUUUCUGUGGAUGUUCUGGCCCAGUUUCAACUCUGCCAUCGCAGAUCCGGGCAAGGCUCAGCUCACGGCCAUCACAAACACCUACUUUUCCCUGGCCGCUUGUGUGCUCACGGCCUAUGCCAUCUCCAGCCUUGUGGACCACCGAGGAAAACUGGACAUGGUACAUAUCCAGAAUGCCACGCUGGCCGGAGGCGUCGCCGUGGGAACUUGUGCAGACAUGAACAUCGAACCAUUUGGUGCCAUGAUAAUUGGCUCCUUGGCUGGGAUAAUCUCCACCCUAGGCUUUAAGUUCCUGUCCCCAAUCUUGGCAUCGACACUGGGCAUCCAGGACACGUGUGGUGUGCACAACCUGCACGGCAUGCCGGGGAUUCUGGGAGGAGUGGCCGGGAUAGUGGCUGUGGCUCUGGGCAAAGCAAAUGGUAGUGCCAGCUACCAGCUCGCUGCCCUCGGAUCUUCUCUGGGUUUUGCUGUGGUUGGAGGAGCCAUCACAGGGUUCCUUAUGAGGCUUCCAUUGUGGGGACAACCACCAGACCAGAACUGCUUUGAUGAUGCCAUUUACUGGGAGGUACCUGAAGAGGAGGAGGAGAAUGAGGAGUGCCUGGCGCAUGACCACUCCAAGAAUAAGGCGGAGGCCUGAAGCGAGGACAUCACAAAAUCCAGCAGAACCCGCCCAAGAACAGCCCUCAUGUUCAUAAAUGCCUGCUUCCCCGUGUGAGACGUGUGUCCUCGUGUGAACGUCUUAGUCUUCCAGCUACUUCACUGCUUUAUGGUUUCUUAGUAACUGCUUAAAUGUGUAGGAUUCAGGGACGUUGUAUAGAAACCACUGCUACUCAGUCAUGAGGCUGUGAUCAGAUACGCUCUUCACACCAAUAUCACUGGCUACCAAAGAACAUUUCCACGAGCUAAAUUACCCUGCAGGCCGCCAACUAACCAUUAUGAUGAUAUCAGAUCAAAUCAAAUCACAUCAAAUCAAUGUUUAUUUAUCAAAUGCACAACAGUACAGCAAACAGCAGGAGUUCCAGGCAGUGAAAUGAGUAAAUAUGAAUGAGCUAAAAUGAUUUGAUAUGAAAAGAACUUUCCUGCAUUUGCUCUAGUACACAUUCAUUUUCUAAAUAAUUUAGACUGACAUUAGUUAUCUUGUCAGAAGCAAGACUGCAAUUUAUUUACCUAAAAUUUAAUUUAGUUAGCAGACAGUUUUACCCAUAGCAAAGCACAUACUUGAGAAAGCAGGAUCAGACAGUCCUUAGAGCAACUGGGGGUUAAGGGCCUUGCUUAGAGGCCCAAUGGUGAUGUCAUUUUAGUGAUGUCAUUUUAGUGAUGUCAUUUUGGUGAUGUCAUUUUGCCGACCCUGGGCUCCAAACCAGCGACCUUCAUUUCACAGGCACUGUAUCCUAACCCGCUGAGCUGCUCCCAUCACCCCCAUGAUGGUAGGUCAUACCUCGAGAAAUGGAGGUUAGAUCAGAUGGGGCGCAGCUCUUUAUAUUCGAAUGAGCUCCCAGAAGGUCAGCAGAAGGUCAGCGGAGGACUGAACAAGACUAGAACCUAAAACUGGAGCCAAGAACGGAGAUGCAUCUGAUCCCCGGGGACAGACGGGCAGGUCUAUGGCAUAUAUCCACUGCAUUAAACCCAGCUUUACCUCAUAAUGUAUAUAUUAAAGGACGUGGUCCAUUUCUUUUUAGCCUUAUCAUCCGCUAAAAUGACAGACGUCUUGGCUUGGCGACAGUUUGAGGACACUCAGUACUCUAUCCUUAAAGACAUUUCAACACACUGGACUGAAUGAUUUUUCUGAUUAAAAAAAGUUCAAUAAGACAAACUCUUCAUUUAGUGGGGCAAAUAAACUUGAAAUGGGACUGAUAAUAGUUAGGCACUGUGUGAAAGUUGUAGUAUUCCUAAAGGCAGCAAAAUCCACAAUAUGAUAUAUGAAUGAAUGAAAAAUUGUGGAGUUUAAAAUGUAUAAAUACUGUCAUAAAUAUUUUGUAACUUUGUAUUAAAUUGUGCCAUUUUCUGUACUUGCUUAUUUUUAAAGGCUGUACAAAUUAUACAUAUGAAAAUGGUCAAGUACAUUUUUAGUAAAUGUGUCAAACCUGA